UUCAAUUUUUCUUUAAGGAGAGACCAAGUCAAGCUACCGCAAAAGCGCACCCCGUUGAUUUCUCCCUGCCCUGGACUGAGUAUUCCAUGGGGUCACCACCAAACUACAGGACACACCAGCAGCCCACAAAUGUUUACAGCCACCCACGCUCUCCUCCUCCUGCUUUUCUAUUUUAUUUAUCCUUUUAUUUAUCUGUUUGUGAACUUUUUUCACCAUUAUUAUCACUAAUUACAUUAAUUAAUCACAUUCAAAGUCAAAGCCACCACUGCCUAAUCAGGCUUCAAUUAAUACACUUUGAAAAGCUCUUAUGCUUUUUUGGGUCUGGAUUCCGUUUUCAGAUGUUACCUGCAGACUAGAAGAAGAUCCAGAGUAACCCCAUGUGCGCACACCACCUGUUUGGUCAAAUGUCUCAGUGAGGCAAACGCAGUGGGGGUGAGAGAGACGGAAGAAAUUCCAAAGUUUGGAUUUUUAAACCCAUAAAACAAUUGCAUGGUUUGCAGAGCUUUCACACACAUCAUUACAGCUAAUCACAAUCAUUGGCAUUGGCAUUGGCAUUCUGCCUGAGAGCCCCCCAAGUCUCUAUAAAUAUCAACCACUCUGUCUUCUCAGUCUUGCAGUUGUUUUUUUAAGUCUUUUAGGUAAUUCUUUGCAGACCCAGAUAAAUACUGGGAUCUGGCCACCCAAAAGGUACCCCACUUAGGUCUUCCCCGAAACCCCCCAACCCAUUAUUGCUUUGGGAUUUGUGCUUCUGGGUUUCAUUGCAAUUGAUCUAUUCUUUCUGCUUACAUUGAUUGAAUCUUUAUGUUUAGUGUUUUGUUGCCCUUCUUUGUCAUUGUUUGACUGAUUUGAGUAAUGGGUGGCCACUCUCCAUUUGCUUUUCCUUGCAUUUUGCUUCUUUUCUUGGGGGGUUGUUUUGCUUCUGUUCAAGAUCAAGUGAGGGAUCGAAUCACACAAUUGCCAGGACAGCCAACUGUGGGGUUUGCUCAGUACUCUGGUUAUGUGACUGUCAAUAGGAAAGCUGGUAGAGCAUUGUUUUACUGGUUGACUGAAUCCCCGGCAAAUCGUCGGCCCGAGUCUAGACCACUAAUGUUGUGGCUUAAUGGUGGCCCUGGUUGCUCUUCUGUUGCUUAUGGAGCAGCUGAAGAGAUUGGACCAUUUCAUAUUAGACCUGAUGGAAAGACCCUUUACUUGAAUCCCUAUGCUUGGAACAACUUGGCAAAUUUGCUAUUCCUUGAAUCACCAGCUGGUGUCGGUUUUUCAUAUACGAAUACGAGCUCAGAUUUGUAUACAGCCGGAGACCAGAGAACAGCUGAAGAUGCGUAUGCAUUUCUAGUCAAUUGGUUCGAAAGGUUCCCACAGUACAAGCACAGAGAUUUCUACAUUGCUGGAGAAAGUUAUGCAGGUCAUUAUGUUCCCCAGUUGUCUCAAAUCAUUUAUGAGAGAAAUAAGGGAAAGAAGAACCCAAUUAUUAGUUUCAAGGGAUUUAUGGUGGGAAAUGCUGUGACUGAUGAUUACCAUGAUUAUGUUGGCACAUUUGAAUACUGGUGGAACCAUGGUUUAAUUUCUGAUUCUACCUAUCGAUUGCUACGUGUAACCUGUGACUCUGGAUCCUCUCAGCAUCCGUCAGUGGAAUGCAUGAGGGUGCUUAAACUAGCAGAAAUGGAGCAGGGAAACAUUGAUCCAUACAGCAUUUAUACUCGUCCUUGCAAUAGCACUGGUUCCCUAAAGCAUAAUUUGAGGGGUCAUUACCCAUGGAUGUCCAGAGCAUAUGAUCCCUGCACUGAGAGGUAUUCUGAAGUUUAUUUCAACCGUCCAGACGUUCAAAAGGCACUCCAUGCCAAUGUAACUAAAGUUUCUUAUCCAUGGCAAACAUGCAGUGAUAUUGUUGGAAACUACUGGGCCGAUUCUCCUCUGUCCAUGCUUCCGAUUUACAAGGAGCUCAUAGCUGCUGGUCUUAAGAUAUGGGUAUUCAGUGGAGACACUGAUUCAGUGGUUCCUGUGACUGCAACUCGUUACUCCAUAGAUGCUCUGAAGCUACCAACCAUUACCAACUGGUUUCCAUGGAACGACAAUGGCAAGGUUGGCGGCCGGAGCCAAAUAUACAAGGGUCUGACAUUUGUCACCGUGACCGGAGCUGGGCAUGAGGUUCCACUCCAUCGGCCUCGCCUAGCUUUCAUUCUUUUCCGAUCGUUCUUGGAGAGCAAGCCAAUGCCAAGUUAGAUCGAUUUGAUCUUAUUCACAUAUUCUUGAUGAAUAAGCACACAAACACCUGGAAUUGCAGCAAUUGUUCAUACACAGGGACCUAGAAAACGCAAAAUAAAAGCAGCAUUCAUCUCGAGUGCCCCACCAUUCUUGCUCCGAGCAGCGCCAUUUAAUAGUCCGUUUUAGCGACAAGUACCAACAGUUAAGAGUAAACAUUGGAAUUGUUCUAUACGUUUUGUAUUACAGAUAUAUAUUCUUUAUAUUGGUAUUUGAUUUGGUGGGAUUGCAGAA